AUCACGCUGCACAAUGGUUUCCAGGCAGUGAAAGAGGGUGAUUCAGCAAGCCACUCUUUCUUUCCCUUUUAUUUCAUUAUUAUCAUAUGUUUUCCCUCCCUUUCCCCCCUCCUGCUUUAUUUUUUUCCCCCAGGGAUUUUAUUUAGUACACUUUUAAAAUUGAUUUACCUUGAAGUCACCUGCCCAUCAUUAUAAUUAUUUUUUUUUAAUACUCCAUCUCUUCCUCCUCAGUUUGGAAUGUGGUUAAAAAUACCACCUAAGGUUGCAGUUUGAGGGAAGGGUUGCUGUACCAGGAGCGUAGUUCGCAGGCACGGAAUGGGCUAGCAUUAGAAAUUGGUACCAGCAGCAGGCCAGAUUCAGCUAUGGGAAUUCAGGCAUGAAGUUGACCCCUCUCAAUCAUUUCCUAUAGAUGAGACAUAGCACAAGUUGUGGUUUGGAUAAGUCUGACCAAAGAAAUAGCUUGAUGGAUGGUGGGGGAUAGCUGGAGACAGAAAUUACAAAGCAAGGGUAUUUAUGAGCCGUCAUUUCUUGUACUACUGCAGUGAACCUACCCUGGAUGUGAAGAUUGCCUUUUGUCAGGGAUUUGGGAAACAAGUGGAUGUGUCAUAUAUUGCCAAACAUUACAACAUGAGCAAAAGCAAAGUGGACAACCAGUUCUACAGCGUGGAAGUAGGUGAUUCGACUUUCACCGUUCUCAAGCGCUACCAGAACUUAAAACCGAUUGGUUCUGGGGCUCAGGGAAUAGUUUGCGCUGCAUAUGAUGCUGUCCUUGACAGAAAUGUGGCUAUUAAGAAGCUCAGCCGACCAUUUCAGAAUCAAACGCACGCCAAACGAGCUUACAGGGAGCUGGUCCUCAUGAAGUGCGUGAAUCAUAAAAAUAUUAUCAGUUUAUUAAAUGUCUUCACACCACAGAAAUCUCUGGAGGAAUUCCAGGAUGUUUACCUGGUAAUGGAAUUGAUGGAUGCCAACUUGUGCCAGGUGAUUCAGAUGGAAUUAGACCAUGAACGAAUGUCUUACCUGCUCUACCAAAUGCUGUGUGGGAUCAAGCACCUUCACUCUGCGGGAAUCAUUCACAGGGAUUUAAAACCAAGUAAUAUUGUGGUAAAGUCCGAUUGCACGUUGAAGAUUCUGGACUUUGGACUGGCCAGGACGGCAGGCACUAGCUUCAUGAUGACUCCCUAUGUGGUGACACGUUAUUACAGAGCACCAGAGGUCAUCUUGGGAAUGGGCUACAAGGAGAACGUGGAUAUAUGGUCUGUGGGAUGCAUUAUGGGAGAAAUGGUUCGCCACAAAAUCCUCUUUCCAGGAAGGGACUAUAUUGACCAGUGGAAUAAAGUAAUUGAGCAGCUGGGAACACCAUGUCCAGAAUUCAUGAAGAAGCUACAACCCACAGUGCGGAACUACGUUGAGAACCGACCUAAGUAUGCUGGUCUCACUUUCCCCAAACUUUUCCCAGACUCUCUCUUCCCAGCCGACUCAGAACACAACAAACUCAAAGCCAGCCAAGCCAGGGACCUUUUGUCAAAGAUGUUGGUGAUUGACCCAGCCAAGCGGAUAUCAGUGGAUGAAGCCUUGCAGCAUCCAUACAUUAAUGUGUGGUAUGACCCUGCGGAAGUGGAGGCGUGGAGUGUUUUCUGCUCACCAGACUUUAAAAAGCCUCCUCCUCAGAUAUAUGAUAAACAGCUGGAUGAAAGAGAACAUACGAUUGAGGAAUGGAAAGAAUUGAUCUACAAGGAAGUAAUGAAUUCUGAAGAAAAAACUAAAAAUGGAGUAGUUAAAGGACAGCCUUCUCCUUCAGGUGCAGCAGUGAACAGCAGCGAAAGCCUCCCUCCAUCCUCAUCUGUUAACGACAUCUCCUCCAUGUCCACUGACCAAACCCUGGCAUCUGACACCGACAGCAGCUUGGAAGCUUCUGCAGGACCCCUCGGUUGUUGCAGGUGACUAGCCGCCUGCCUGCGAAACCCAACGUUCUUCAGAAGAUGAGGCAAUUUAGGGGGAAAGUAAUAACAAGAAUAAACGAUGGAAAGGAAGAGAAACAAAAGAUAAAGAUAUAAAUGAAACAAAACCCUUUUCAGCCUGCUUCUCCUACAGAGUUAGUUAUGUAAUGCAGCUAAGCUCAAGUAUAUAUUUAACUUAUAGUUGCUCUGCUUUGGUCUUCUUCCAACGAUGCUUACUGAAAAAAAAAGGGAAUUAUAGAAGCCUUUUUCCCCAAAAAAUAUAAAAUUAAUGGCUGCAAAACAAGCAACCUGCAACCGUCCUUUUCACACUGGCAUGACAAGGUGUGCAGUAGCCACUCUACUUACGUAUGUGUGUGUAUCUGAUUUCACGAUCUUGCUAAUCUAUUUCAUCUACUUCUGCCGACUUAGACAGAUAUACACACACUUAUCUCAGUACAUGUGCAGCACACACACAAAUGUGUAUGAUAGUAUAUGCAACUGUGUAUCUCUAUUCAUUAUAUACAGAUACCCAGUAUGUACUCUAGAACUAAUUGGCCCAUUUCAUGUGAACUACAUAAAUACAUCUGUAACAUACUGCCAGUAUAUAAUCUGUUCAAUUUGUUCAUUAAGUUGUAUAUCAUAUAAGAUUUGUAAAAGCAAAAAUAAUAAGUCACGCCUGAGCUCUCUCAGACCCUUGAAGAUGUAGCACCCAAAUUUCAACUGAUAUAUAUAUUUUUAAUAAUACUGGUUUGUAUGGAGGAUGCACCGAGUGGAGAUUUACAAGGAAAAUGUGCAUCAGUGGUGCAUGCUAACAUUUGUUGCUUUGAUUUUUAGAACAGGUGAGAGUUAGGACCAGGUUAAAAGGAAGCACAUCUGUCUUUGGGAGCUGUUGGGGCUGAGGAUGGAGGAGUUGUCCUGUGAAUAUCUCAGCCCACAAGGACUUCAGAGACAAACUUUUCAUAGUGAUAAUACAGUGAGUUAUUUUUCUUAGCUUAUAGAUAGGCUUAUCUUUGUUAAUUAUAAUGUGUAUGUGUGUGUUAGGGGCUAAAAUGUGCGGGGAUAGGCUCAGAUAACAAGAAGGAUGUACAUAAUUUUUAUGUAUCAUGUAUGACUAGGUGCUUGGUAAGCCAGGAUUGCAGACAAGGGAUGUUUGCAGUCUACUCCCUCUCUAGGUAUUUGUUGCUGCAAAGGAGCUGAAUUUCCUUUAUAUAAUUUCCUUUGUGGGAAUUACAUUACUUGGAGAACAUUGAUUCUAUAGUUCCUUUCAGCCUUUUUUCUCACCGGUAACAAAUCAGCUGAUUCCU